UGCGACCCCACCCGCAUGAUUUUCUAUUCUCAACAAGUCCCAACUUGAGCAAAACUUUAUGUGGCCGAUAGGAAAUUGAGUUGAGAAAUAAAGCAAGAAUGCGCAGAGAAUAAGGCUGCGCUUAAAGCCAUAUAUAUAGGCUAUACUAGAGCAGGCCUUCGGAGAGGUAAAGUUGAGUUGUUUUCGGUGAUGUGACUGGAAUCCCCCCGACAAGGACUAUGAACGAUAACGACAUCUUCGAGAUGGACUCCGUGUGUGAGACAGAUGAGUUGGAGGGUGAAACUGACGUCGGCAUGAUAGACGAGGAAGUUGUUUACCUUGAGGAGUUUUUACCAACAUAUCACAGUUUUGAAGGUGGAACAAAUGUCGCCAAAGCACAUCUGGUAGAGUUUAAUAACAAACCUGACUCCUUAUUCUUCAAUGACGGUGUGAGGAGGAUUGACUUCAUCCUGGUCUAUGAAGAUGAGGAUAAGAAGGAUUUUGACAAGAGGAAUGUGUUCCAGCGGCGCAAAAGGCGGCGAGAAACCUUUGAGGCCAGCUUGAUGAAGAUGGGAAUGGAGCUGGAGGCGACACAGUCUGUGACGGAUGACAAACUAAUGUUUUUGAAAGUCCACAUGCCGUGGGACAUACUGUGCACAUACGCCGAGGUCCUGCACAUCAAGCUUCCCAUCCAGCCCAAUGACCUGUCGUCCCGCCCCUCCCCGUGGCGCUUUUUCUCCUGCAUUACCAAGUAUUUCUACCCCAACGAAGACCUGAUCACCAAGCAGACCGAGUUCUUCACCGCCCCCUUUGAGAAAAAACGUCUGGAGUACUUCUGCGUGAGGGACAAAGAUCUCUUCUUCACUGCGGCCAUGAGGAGUAGAAUGGCGAAUUACAUCCUGUGUCGUGCCCCUUAUGAAAUACGGGGGAGCAUAAAGAAGUUUGGCGUCAACAAACUGCUAGAUGGUGGAGUGUACAAAGCUGCCUAUCCCCUUCAUGAUUGCAGGUUCAAUGUGAAGUCCAAAGAGGAGGGCUGCCCCAACGAGAGAUACCUGCUCUACGAAGAGUGGGCUCAUCCCAAAAGCUUCUACAAGAUGCAACCACUAAACCUCAUUAGGAAGUAUUAUGGGGAGAAGGUUGGCAUUUACUUUGCCUGGUUGGGUUUCUACACGAGAAUGCUCGUUCUGGCUGCCGUUGUUGGACUGGGUUGUUUCAUUUAUGGAUACAAGACUCAAGAAACCAGCACCUGGAGCAAAGAGGUGUGUGACCCUGAAAUUGGAGGAAAGAUUGUGAUGUGUCCACAGUGUGACAGAGAAUGCCAAUACUGGAUGUUGAACAGCACGUGUGAAUCUUCAAAAAAACUAUGCAUAUUUGAUAACUUUGGAACCUUGGUGUUUGCAGUUUUCAUGUCUGUCUGGGUAACUCUGUUCCUGGAGUUUUGGAAGCGCUACCAGGCGGAGCUGGAGUACACGUGGGACACUGUUGAGUUUCUGGAGCAGGAAGAGCCGCCUCGUCCGGAAUAUGAGGCCAAGUGUAUCUAUGAGAGGAAAAACCCUGUCACAGGGGUAAAAGAAAAGGUGCCCUAUACAGCCUGUGGACGAUGUGUUCGAGUGUCAAUAGGAAUUGGGACAGUCUUAUUUUGGAUUCUGUUGAUCCUGGCGUCCAUUGUGGCCAUCAUCGUCUAUCGCCUGGCUGCAUUUUUUGCCUUCUCAGCUAAACUCAGAACUCAGGACCUGAAGGAGUUGGAACCCUUAAAGGAGUACGUGUCUCCUCAGAUGGCCACUUCUGUCACAGCCUCCCUCAUUAGCUUUGUUAUAAUUAUGAUCCUUAACAUUCUCUAUGAGCGCGUCGCCAUCUGGAUCACCGACUUUGAGCUUCCGCGGACCAGGACAGACUAUGAGAACAGCCUGACCAUGAAGAUGUUCCUCUUUCAGUUUGUCAAUUAUUACUCCUCCUGUUUCUACAUCGCCUUCGCCAAAGGGAAAGCGGUGGGGUAUCCUGGAGAUCCUUCUUAUAUCUUGGGAAAAUACCGCAACGAGGAGUGUGAUCCUGGUGGUUGUCUGAUUGAGUUGACGACUCAGCUCUCUAUCACCAUGGGUGGAAAAGCCAUCUUGAACAACAUCCAAGAGGUCUUGCUACCGUGGGUGAAGAAUUUGAUUUUCCGCUACUGCACCAGUGUGGCCUCAGAGAAGGUUAUUCCUCGCUGGGAGCAGGACUACCAGCUCCAGGCCUCUACAAAACUAGGACUGUUCUAUGAAUAUCUGGAGAUGGUCAUCCAGUUUGGCUUUGUGACCCUGUUUGUGGCCUCCUUCCCUUUGGCUCCGGUCCUGGCUCUGGCCAACAACGUGUUUGAGAUUCGGGUUGAUGCUUGGAAAAUCACCACUCAGUUUCGCCGCGUUGUGCCAGAGAAGGCCCAGGAUAUAGGAGCCUGGCAGCCCAUUCUUCAAGGCAUCGCCAUAUUGGCUGUUGCAACAAAUGCCAUGAUCAUUGCUUUUACAUCCGACAUGAUUCCACGGUUGGUCUACUACUGGUCUUUCUCUGUGUACCCAUAUGGAGAUAACGUUAAUCACACCAUGCAGGGCUACAUCAACAGCUCACUGUCUAUAUUCAACAUCGCGGACUUCUCCAACAAUAGCAGGCCGAUUCUGACACCUGACAACAUCACCACCUGCAGGUAUCGAGAUUUUCGGAAUCCUCCUGGACACCCCUGGCAGUAUCAGUACAACAUGUACUACUGGCAUGUGAUCGCUGCCAAAAUGGCUUUUAUCAUUGUUGUAGAGCACAUUGUUUACUUCACAAAAUUCAUCCUGUCCUACGUGAUCCCAGACGUCCCAUACUCUGUCAAAGAACAGAUCAAACGAGAGAAAUACUUGACCCAGGUCAUCCUCCAUGAGACCAACCUCCAUCUGGUGACCAAACGUUCGAAACCCCUCGACGACGGGACACUCACGCGUAUGGAGAUGAACAUGACACAAGAGGAGAUGGAUCUCGAUUUCUGAAAGUAGAAUGCACGAAAGAAGAAAUCAGACCAUACUGUAUAUACAUGACUACCAGGUUUUUUUGCAGCAUCUACCCACGUUAUUUAUAAAUUCUGACCAAAACUUUGGGAACCAGCGAUAGGAUUAAGAUCUGCAACCAGGUAUGAACGUUUUAUAUGGAAAAUGUGUAGCAAUGAGAAACUAAGAAGACAUCUGAAGUUUCUUUAAGGGGCUGUUGGACAAAGAAAGGAGAAACCACUGUUGUAUAGUCUUCACCUCUGUCUACUGUCCUCACACUCCAUACUAUCAUCAGGAUAAAGUGUGUGAAAGGAAAAAGAACAGUGCAUCAUCCUCUAUCAUCUCUUAGAGUAUCUUUUUUCACUUUCUUCUUAUAAUGACCAAUAUAACAGGGACAGGAUGGUUUGGGGCUGAAAGUGCACAAACUAGGUGUGGGACCAAAUAUGACAUGGGAUUCUUUUGCACCACCUCAUAAACUUAUUGGUACUAAGUGUCCCUGUUUUGGGUUAGGUUGGAGUUCAAUGCAGAAUCUGAAUCCAGUAUUGAAUUUUUAUCUAUUUAUAUUUAGGUUUUAACCAAUUAAAACAACAAAAGUUGCUUAUUAAGCUAAAUGACUUGUUGGAUGUUUUAAUGUUUGAAUAGCAUUUCACUAAACUAAGACUAGGACUCUAUGUUGGCCUAAAAUGUGACAUACAGUAUGGAAAGCUUCAGAAAACGUUAGUGUGUUGAGUUAAGAUUUUCUUUUGUCAAAAAAUAUUUUUUAGGGGGGAUUUUUAUGCAUUUUUUUUUAUAGGACAGCUGAAGACAGAGAGAGGGGGAAUGACAAACAGCAAAGGGUCGCAGGUCAGAGUCAAACUUCCAGCCGCUGCAUUGAGGAGUAAACCUCUAUAUAUGGGUGCACGCUCUACCAACUGACAACCCAGGCGCCCUUGAAAGAUUUUCAUGGAUAUUUUUACUCCGAGUAUCUUCCAGGGUUAUGACUGCAUUACAUUUACCUUGGCUAUUUCACUGUGAUGGUUCACUCUUUCAUUUAACUUCAUGCUGGGGGAUCCAAGCUUUCACACACAUGUCACCAACAAGUUCCCCACCUGGGUUGAAUGCUGUCAUGAAAUGUCAGUCAGUAUUGUUACAUACAAAAUGUGCACCACUUUUUAAUGUAAUGUUGAUGAUUGAUAGAGAGGUUUUUUUGCACUUCCAUUUUUGUUACUAGAACUAAAGAGCUGAGGGGAUCUGUUGAAAAAAAACAAAAGUGGUGAGAUACCAGGAGUUAGAGUAGACAUAAACUAACUUUAGCCACAUAUAUUCACUAAAUAUGCCUCAAAUACCUUUACCUCUGUAAACCUUGUAAACAUGUAAACGUUUCUAAUUAUUAUGUUGUUUGGAUGGGAUUCAAUUACAGUACAGACAAUUCGGAAAGUGAAUUUAUUUGACAAUUCAAAAGUGAUGCCUUGUAAAGGUUUGAUGUAUUCAAGUUUACAGACCACAAGAAACUAAAUGCAUUCUCAUCCUUACACCAAAUAUAGUUCAGUUACGCCUUUAGUUUUUAAUUAAAUCAAUCAAUCAAUUGCAGCUCUGUGAAGUGGUUAAGUUGACAAUGUGAGUAUAGAGAGUAUAAAGAAUAGAGUCUUUCUCUAUUCAUGUAUUCUCAUCUACUGUACAGUUUUGCACUUUUAACUUAGAGUUCCAGGCCUGUAUCUGGCUAUGACCACUGCACUGCACAUCAUCAACAUUUUAACUGCAAGGUAUAUCCUGUGAUAUUAUAGAAAAUACAGUCAUUUAAUCUU